UUUCGAUUCAAUAUUUUGAAAAGUAGUUGAAUUAAUGCCAGCAUAGCAUACAUUUCAUAUAUCAAAUUAAAAUUUAUUUUUCAACAACAAGGAGCUUGGAGAACAUUGCUCAAUUACAAUAUUAACAAAUUUCUCAAAAAAAAAUAACAUAAAAAAUUCUGGUGAUACACAACGACUGUUUGGAAAAUUCUGAAAUUAUAUUAUCCGCACGAAGUGUACAAAUUGUUUGUUUGGCCAAAGAUGGCACCGCCUCCAAUUUAUACGGAUUUGGGCAAACUGGCCCGCGAUUUAUUUAGACGGAACUAUCAUCCGGGCUUGUGGCAGCUUGACUGCAAGACCAUGACAACCUCUGGCCUCGAAUUCUAUACAACGGGUUUCGCCAGUCAAGAUGCCAGCAAAGUGAUGGGCUCCUUGCAGAGCAAAUAUAGUAUGCAGGAUUAUGGCAUCACGCUCACCGAACGCUGGAACACCGAUAAUCUGCUCUACGGCGAGAUCGCACACAAGGACAAACUAGCCGAGGGGCUGCUGCUCGCCUUGGAGGGUCGCUUUCAGCCAUCAAGCGGCGACAAGAGUGGUGGGUUUAUGGCCCGCUAUGCUCAGGAUAAUUUUAACAUAAUGGGCAAAAUCAGUAUUGAGUCAAAUCCUUUGCUGGGCCUGUCGCUGGUGGUGGGCCACAAGGAGUUUCUGGGCGGUGCUGCCUGCGAUUAUGAUAUUAACGGCGGUGCAGCUGUAUGGAAAGUUGCCCUGGGCUGGAUACAUGAGGCGACAGUGGUGCACGCUGAACUAGUGAACGCCGAGAGCUUUUUACUGUCGCUGUUCCAUAAGUUUAACGAUCAAAUUGACGGCGCCUUUGAGAUUGGGUCCGUUGCUGGCCCAGCACCCCAGCAAGAGGGCGUUGAAGUUGAGGAGCAGCCGCAAGGAGACGGUCUGAAUGUGGGCUUGGGUAUGAUCUAUCAUUUGGAGGGUGAUGCUCUGAUCCGUGCCAAAAUCAACAAUAAGAUCGAACUGGGUCUGGGCUACGAACAGAAGCUGCGCGAAGGUGUCACCAUGUCCGUCUCAGCCGUGCUCGAUGGCCAGAAAAUCGCGGACGGAAAUCAUAAGUUUGGCGUUGGCAUAUCCCUGCAGUGUUAACAAAAAAUAAUAAUAUUAAUAACAGUUGUUCCAGUUAUCGCCAACAAAUUACUUUCUCCAUUUUGCAAUUGUUAGAAAUAUACACUGAAAUUUAGAAUUAAAAUAAAGCAUUUUCAUUGGA